GGGCCGAGCAGCGGUUUGGUUUCGUUUCCUAGCCAGCGGCCCUUCCGCUGGGGCCCCCGCGUCCCCGGAGCUUCGUUUCUCCGCGACCGGGGGCGGGCGGGGUAUAAAGCGGAGGAGCAGCCGGCGCCCGGCAUUCGUCGCUGCGUGACGACGGGAGGUGGAGAACAGCUCUGCAUUUCUGUCCAAGCAGUCAGCGGUCCAUCGUCAAGUAAAGGAAGCUAUAUUGGAGAUAACUGAACUGAUAAAGGAAGAAGAUGGUUCAUUCUGAAGCGAAAAUGACAAGACCUGAUUCAGCUUCCGCAUCCAAGCAACAAUUACUAAAUGGAAAUGCUGACAUACAGGAGACAAAUCAGAAAAGAAGCAUUGAGAAAAACCUGUGUAGCCAGUAUGAGGAGAAGGUACGCCCAUGCAUUGAUCUCAUCGACUCCCUGCGGGCUCUGGGUGUGGAGCAGGACCUGGCCCUGCCUGCCAUCGCCGUCAUCGGGGACCAGAGCUCGGGCAAGAGCUCUGUGCUGGAAGCUCUUUCAGGGGUCGCCCUUCCCAGAGGCAGUGGUAUUGUGACAAGAUGUCCUCUGGUGCUGAAACUGAAAAGACUGGUGAAAGAAGAUGAGUGGAAAGGCAAAGUCAGCUACCGGGAUAUCGAGGUUGAGAUUUCAAAUGCUUUGGAUGUGGAAGAGCAAGUCAGAAAAGCCCAGAAUGUCCUUGCUGGGGAAGGAGUGGGAAUCAGUCAGGAGCUAGUCACUCUGGAAGUCAGCUCUCCUCAUGUCCCGGAUCUGACCCUGAUCGACCUUCCUGGCAUCACCAGGGUGGCCGUGGGCAAUCAGCCAGCCGACAUCGGACGUCAGAUCAAGACACUCAUCAGGAAGUACAUCCAGAGGCAAGAGACGAUCAACCUGGUGGUGGUCCCCAGUAACGUGGACAUCGCCACCACGGAGGCGCUGAGCAUGGCUCAGGAGGUGGACCCCGAGGGAGACAGGACCAUAGGAAUCUUGACAAAGCCUGACCUGGUGGACAAAGGCACCGAGGAGCAGGUGGUAGACGUGGUGCGAAACCUCAUCUGCCACCUGAAGAAGGGUUAUAUGAUCGUCAAGUGCCGGGGCCAGCAGGACAUCCAGGACCGACUGAGCCUGGCUGAGGCUCUGCAGAAAGAGAAGGCCUUCUUUGAGGAAAACCCAUAUUUCAGGGGCCUUCUGGAGGAAGGAAGAGCCUCGGUCCCCUGCCUGGCGGAGAGGCUGACCACUGAACUCAUCACGCACAUCAGUAAAUCUCUGCCCCUGUUAGAAAAUCAAAUAAAGGAAAGUUACCAGAAUCUAUCAGACGAGUUACAAAAAUAUGGCACCGACAUCCCAGAAGAUGAAACUGAAAAAACGUUCUUCCUGAUAGAGAAAAUUACUACAUUUAAUCAGAACAUCACCUCUUUCGUACAAGGGGAGGAACUUGUAGGACCCAAUGACACUCGGCUGUUUAACAAAAUCCGACAGGAGUUCCAGAAAUGGAGUGGGGUGAUUGAAAACAAUUUCCGAAAAGGUGGCGAAGCUAUCCGUAGACAGAUCUGGACAUUUGAAAAUCAGUAUCGUGGCAGAGAGCUACCAGGAUUUGUGAAUUACAGGACAUUUGAGACGAUCAUCAAACAGCAAAUCCAGUUGCUGGAAGAGCCAGCCAUUGAUAUGCUGCACAGGAUAAGUGAUCUGGUCCGGGAUACCUUCACAAAAGUUUCAGAAAAAAAUUUCAGUGAAUUUUUCAACCUCCACAGAACCACCAAGUCCAAACUUGAAGACAUUAAAUUAGAACAAGAAAAUGAAGCUGAGAAGUCGAUCCGACUCCACUUCCAAAUGGAGAAGAUCGUCUACUGCCAAGACCACGUUUACCGGGGCACGUUACAGAAGGUCAGAGAGAAUGAAAUGGAGGAGGAGAAGAAGAAAAAAACAAUCAACGUCUGCGGUCAAAACACUUCCACAGAGUCCUCGAUGGCAGAAAUCUUGGAGCAUCUCAACGCCUACCAGCACGAGGCCGGCAACCGCCUCUCGACCCACAUCCCCUUGAUCAUCCAGUUCUUCGUCCUCCAGACAUUCGGCCAGCAGCUGCAGAAGUCCAUGCUGCAGCUCCUGCAGGACAGGGACACCUACGACUGGCUCCUGAAGGAGCGCAACGACACCUGUGACAAGAGGAAGUUCCUGAAGGAGCGGCUUGCUCGGCUGGCCCAGGCUCGGCGCCGGUUAGCCAAGUUCCCGGGUUAAAUCGGGCUCUCUGUCUCAGCCUCAUGUCUCCAUGCACAUCUCCAGGGAGCGGAGGCCCAGCAUCUCUCCCCAACAGCCACACCAUCAUUAGUUACCCAUUCACAGAUACCCGAGCGGUUACGGGUCAGGCUUGGUGGUCACUGUCUGUGCUUGUCCUUUAGUGGAUAAGGAUGCGCUAAGAAGCUGUGAUGAGCGAUUUGGUUUCAAGCAUUGAGACUAGAGCCCCGCCUUCAUGUAGCAUAUGCUUUAGACUGAAUGAGCAGUGCCAUUUUCUGGUUAGGAGAAAUGGUUUUCUACCCCCAGGAUUGGUCCUCGUCUCCAGACUCUCUCCAUCUCUUUAUCAGAGACCGAUGUACGUGCAGCAUCAUGGAACGGUUAUUUUCGGUUUUUUUGUGUUGUCCUUUCGCAUACCCAGUGUUUUAGGCGUGUGAGUGCUGCUUGUGUGAAUGCUUGUAGAUGCCAUGUUUCAUCUAUUUGUAAUAAACUUUUUUCUACUAGA